CCACAGAUGGGAAUGAUUUUUCCUCUCUGUCUGAGGCUUCCUGCUCCAGCCUAUUGUUUCAGACAACAGAUAUAAGUUGCGAUGGGAGAGGAACGUCGGAUUUGGUGUCUGUCCCCCAUUUCCAAUUAUAGAUGGAUCAUUACAGACAGAGAAGUCCUGAGAAUCCAGACAUCUGCUCUUCACAUGAAUGCACUCACCUCCUAGAGGACAGCCCGCCAUCAUGCUCUGGAAACUGGUGGAAAAUGUGAAAUACGAAGACAUCUACGAGGACCGGCACGAUGGAGUCCCCAGCCACAGUUCCCGGCUGUCCCAGCUGGGCUCGGUCUCGCAAGGCCCUUACUCCAGCGCCCCUCCGCUCUCUCACACCCCUUCCUCGGACUUCCAGCCGCCCUACUUCCCGCCGCCCUACCAGCCUCUUCCUUACCACCAGAGCCAGGACCCUUACUCCCACGUCAACGACCCCUACGCCCUGAACCCGCUGCACCAGCCCCAGCAGCACCCCUGGGGGCAGCGACAGCGACAAGAGGUGGGCUCCGAAGCCGGCUCGCUGCUGCCUCAGCCCCGGGCUUCUUUGCCGCAGCUCUCGGGCCUCGACCCGCGACGGGACUACCACUCCGUCCGGCGGCCAGACGUCCUUCUCCAUUCGGCUCACCAUGGCCUGGACUCCGGCAUGGGCGACGCGCUUUCCCUCCACGGCAUCGGACACCCCGGCAUGGAGGAUGUGCAGCUUGGGGAAAGUCCAGGACUUUGUGUCCCAGAUAAAACACUGUUGAAAGAGCGGAGAACAAGAUUGUCCAAACAUUCCAAUAAUAGAAUAGAUUCUCUGAUGAUGAACAAAGAUGGCUUCCUUGGUGGUGUGUCUGUAAACACAGGUGAAGUGUUUUGUUCGGUACCUGGGAGGCUCUCCUUGCUCAGUUCGACGUCCAAGUACAAAGUCACUGUUGGAGAAGUUCAACGGCGCCUUUCACCUCCUGAGUGCUUAAACGCUUCCCUCCUUGGAGGAGUCCUUAGAAGAGCCAAAUCGAAAAAUGGGGGGCGAUCGUUGCGAGAGCGGCUAGAAAAAAUCGGUUUGAAUUUACCAGCCGGCAGGCGCAAAGCAGCAAAUGUCACUUUACUCACCUCCCUGGUGGAAGGAGAAGCUGUACAUUUAGCUCGGGAUUUUGGAUACAUCUGUGAAACUGAAUUUCCGGCCAAAGCAGUUUCUGAAUACCUGAACAGACAGCACACAGACCCUACUGAUCUCCACUCCCGAAAGAAUAUGCUGCUUGCCACUAAGCAAAUGUGUAAAGAAUUUACUGAUCUUUUGGCCCAAGACCGGACACCCAUUGGCAAUAGCCGACCAACACCCAUCUUGGAGCCAGGGAUCCAGAGCUGCUUGACUCACUUCAGUCUCAUCACUCACGGCUUUGGCUCCCCAGCCAUCUGUGCUGCCCUGACUGCUCUCCAGAAUUACCUGACGGAAGCUCUCAAAGGAAUGGACAAGAUGUUCUUGAACAACAACUCUGCUAACAGGCACACUUCUGGGGAAGGACCAGGUAGUAAAACUGGAGACAAGGAAGAAAAGCACAGAAAAUGAAAGAGAGAGAGAGAGAGAGAGAGAAAAUAAGAAAGCAAGCUAAUGAAAAUAGGGGGUAAAACAGAAAGAAAAGAUUGAGAGCGAUCCUUUGGGAGGAAAAACAUUUAAUUUUAGCUUUAAAAUAUUGGAUUGGGUUUGGAAGAAUUACGCUAGGUAGGUCACAUCUGCAAGUAAUUUUAAAAAAGAAAAUAAGGUCAGAGGCGCACAGUGGAACAGGAAGAGUGGCUCAGUGGCUAUGGCAAAGAAACUUUUGAAGAUAACAUCCAGGAUUUUCCACUUCUGUCAUCCCACAAUACUUUUUUAAAAUAAUUUUUGGUGGGGAUGAAAUUAUAACAGAUAAAAGCAAUCAAUAAUUUAUUGGAAGAAUCAUUUUGAUAAUGUUGCUAUGUUGGCCGAGGUACACAGUCUGUUUCUGUAUUAUUACUAUUUUUAAAAAACCUAUCUAAAGUAGAAAGAAAAACCUAAGGGAUGGAUAUAUUUUAUAUUGGACUUUCCAUUCAGACCACGUUUCCUGAUUUUGUGCAAAUUUUUUGCUGUUCCCUCUCUGUGUGGUCUGAAUAGCUGGGCCUCAAAUUGGUCAGUAGCAUUUGGCCAAAUUAUUUUCUAAUAGUGGGAAGAAAGGGGGAAAUCUGAGUCUGUCCAAACUAUGAGUCAUUAAGAAGAAUUAUUAGUAACUACACACAGAGGUGAUGGAUUCAGGCUGUGAAAAUGUUAAAAUGUAAACUAACUACAGUAUAUGGAUGAGUAAGUGGAAGAGCUAAUGGAUUGCUCUCAGGUGCCUCUGCUUGCUCUGGAUACCUACCUAAAGUGUUAAUCAAAUGCUGCCCGCUUAACAUAUUUAAUCCUGAAAUUUGGGGGCUGCAAAUAAUCAUUUUUUUCUAUCCAUAAGGAUGUGUAUAAUUUGUGUAUAUAUGCUCCAUUAAGGUAUUGGAUUGGAUCCAGACUUGGUCAUAUUUGGAGGAGACCCGUUGUAAUCAAUACUAGCCAUUACUAACUCUAGACCUACAACUCAGCAUGACUAAGUCUGAAACCAAAUAACUGACCACAAGAGUCAACCCUUUGUUUCAUAAUAAAAUACGGCUAUCAUGAAGUAAACAUUUUCAUGAAGUUGUACCUGUGGAAAAAAAUGUUGCACAGGCAUGCAACAACUGUGAAGAACAGGAAAGGGAAAAGGAACAUUUCUUUUUGUGGACAGAUAUAAAGAUCAACAUGCCUUUUCUUUUCAAUUGCAACUUUUUUCAUAACUACUGUUGUACGGAGGGCAAAUGUUACUACUGAAAUGGCCCUGUGCUUGAAACUGGUAAUCUAGUUUGUUUGAUAAAAAAAUUUCUAAAAUACACCUGGAGCUCUCACCUGGAACACUACCUUUUUACAUUUCUAUGAAAUACCAUGUCCUAUUGAAGGGGAGGGUUCGCAGUGCCCCACAAGAGGCACAAAUGAAAGUGUGUGCGACAAAAGUGAAAAUCCAUGUAUGGAAGAGAUUCAUGUAUUACAUUGGAGUGCAGAUAGGCCUCCUACACUGGGAACAGUAAUGGGAAGAGAUAAUGUCACAGAUAAUGAUAUCAGUCUGUAAAUUUUUAUACUAAAAUUUGAGCAAUGACUGACUCUCUUUAAAAUGUCUCAGAUCACAGACACACUCUUUGUUCUUUUACAGAAAUGUUAAUAAGAAGAAUGUCUUGAUAAGUAUGUUAAACCUUCUCAGGAGUAUGCACCUUUUUAAUUUUCUUCUGUU